GUAUACCAAAGAAGACUAAAUAGCGCUAAUGCAAGUUUUGUUUCUAAUAUUCUCUUCGACGAAAUUGACAAUAUAAACAAAAACAAAAAAUGGCAAAAAAGCAAAAGAUAGCUGCAGUUAGACUAUUUCUUACAUGGAAACACCAUCCAACUGCUUAAUAGGAAUGAGAAUUCAUAUGUGGUAACACUCUUUUGUGUCUGUGACACCAAAGACAAUGACAAAAGAAAACAAAACAAGUGACGCUGCCGGCACCAGAAUGUGAUUUUUUGCAUCGUCGGAAGUUAAAUAAAGUUUUAACUGGUUUUUAGGCAAUAAAAUGUCUCGGAAAUUAUUGGAAAAUGUAUCAAAUGUUUGUGUGUGGAAAAUAAGUGUGAAAAAAUAGGAAAAUAAAAGAAUUCAAAGCAAAAAAGCCAAAAAUAUGUUGUGAUCAUGGCAAGUGCCUCGGUUUGGUGAUGUGAUGUUUUUUUCUAUUGAAAGAAUAAAAAUGUCAGAAUUCUACGUGAAUUCAUUGAAAUGAUUAAAGAAAUGUCUAGCAAAGAAGACUGAUUAGCGCUAAGACAAAUUUUGUUUUUAAUAUUUUCUUCAACAAAAUUGACAAUAUUAACAAAAACACAAAAAACAUACGAAAGCUGCAGUUAGACUAUUUCUCACAUGGAAACACCAUCCAACUGCCUAAUAGGAAUAAGAAUUCAUAUCUGGCAACACCCUUUUGUGUUUGUGACACCAAAGACAAUGACAAAAGUAAACAGAAAAGUGACGCUGCCGGUAACAAAAGGUAAAUUUUCGCAUCGUUGGAAGUUAAAUAAAGUUUUAAUUGGUUUUUAGAAAAUAAUUGUGUCGGAAAUGAUUGGAAAAUGUGUGCCAAAUAUUUGUGAGUGAAAAAUAAGUGUAAAAAAUAGAAAAAUAAAAGAAAUCUGUGCAAAAAAGCCUUAAAUAUGUUGUGAUCAUGGCAAGUGCCUCGGUUUGGUGAUGUGAUGUUUUUUUAUGUUUAAGACAACUAAAAAGUGUGAGAAAUGUUCGCGAUUUCAUGGAAAAGACUGAACAAACAUCUGAAAAAAGGAGAUACCUUAGAUUUAAGGAUUUUAAACGCCAGUCAAAUGGCUGCCUGGGAUGGCCGACAGGCCGAAAGACCAUCAUCGAACGAAUGGAUGGAUCGAUCGAUCGUUUUAUUGUUGGCUUUGUGAUAAAGAUGGUUAUUUGGACAGCCAACAAUAGCGGCAGCAACAACAACAACAACAGGAAUUCUCCUCUGUGCUAUUCGAAUCGCAAAACAACUUUUCCAAUGAAGCUGUUACAUUUGCAACCAUUUGCUCAACAUUCGCUUCGGUUUCAACAAUAAAUUUUAGAGCUGAAAAAUCAAUAAUUGUUCAUGUGGUGCUUAAUUCCCUUUUAAGACAAGCAGGAUAAUCGGAAAUUCA